AUGGAUUCUGAUCGUGACAUGCCCAGUGAUCAUGAACCUGAACAUGAAGAUGCCAAUGAAAGAAAGACAAACAUUAGUAGACACAUGAGUGAGAGUUCUAUUGCUGCCACCGAAGACGAAGACGAUGACGUAGACAGGAAGAUUGAUUUGGGUCCUCAGUUCACUUUGAAAGAACAACUUGAAAAGGAUAAGGAUGAUGAGAGCUUGAGGAAAUGGAAGGAACAGCUUCUUGGAAGCAUUGACAUGAGUUCUGUUGGAGAAACUCUGGAGCCAGAGGUGAAGUUUCUGAGUCUGGCGAUAAAAUCGGAAGGUAGAGAUGAUAUGAUUCUACCUGUACCAGAGACAGGAAAUCCAAACGGUUUAUGGUUUACAUUGAAAGAAGGUUGUCGUUAUAGGCUGAUGUUUACAUUCCAAGUAAACCAUAAUAUUGUUUCUGGUCUUAAAUACACCAACACUGUUUGGAAAACUGGCCUUAAAGUUGAUAGCACUAAAGAGAUGAUUGGAACAUUCAGCCCUCAAGCAGAACCUUACACACAUGAAAUGCCAGAAGAUACAACACCAUCUGGGUUAUUUGCUAGAGGGACAUACUCUGCUAGAACUAAGUUUGUUGACGAUGACAAAAAGUCUUACUUGGAUAUCAACUACACUUUUGAUAUUAGGAAGGAUUGGCUUUAG